AUGAUGAAACGACGAAAAGUUCGCGAAGCGACGACAACGAACUUCUAUUACGAUUCUGAAUCGUCCUCAACCCAUUGCAGUUCUUUGUUUUCAUUACGGUAUCUCAAUGGGAAUAUGCUCAUCCUGAUCUCUAUAAUUGUGUUAUGUCUAUGCAUGCAAAUUUCUGAUGCGCUACCUGAAAGGCGCUGUGGUACGUUGGACAUCCGAAAUCAUCCAAAUCAGGGCUAUAAGCUCGCUGGACAUAAGUCAAUUUCAAGCAAUCAUGUCAAUUGUAGUGUACUGGAGGGCUCGAUGGUAUUGUCGUUGAUACAGAACUCGAAUGUAACGGAGGCUGAUUUUCCCAUGUUCCGGCAUCUCCGAGAGAUCACGGGGUCGCUGUUGAUUUUUCAUGUCAGGAAAUUAUCAACCUUAUCACGAAUUUUCCCUAAUCUCCGGAUCAUUGGCGGACAGAAUCUCAUUCAGCACUUCUCACUAAUCAUCUAUCAGAAUGAAGACCUUAUCGAUAUUGGCCUAACAAAGUUGCGUCUGAUCCGUAAUGGUGGAGUUCGUGUUGCUGAAAACAAUAAGAUGUGCUAUUCGCGAUAUAUUGAUUGGAAACACCUCAUGGCUGGUCCUCUGAACGACAUUCUUGUUGAUGACUCGGUUGAAAUUGGUGUCGGGGAAGGGAAGAUCUUAUCUUGUACUGAUGACUGUGACGUCGAGGAUGAGUCUAAAUGUCGACGAGUGGUACAUUCACGUGGAGAGCAACUAUCAUGUUGGAAUAAGCAUACCUGUCAAGAAGAUUGCCCAUACGAUCGUAUUAAUGGCAGUGUUGGUCCUGGAUGCGCCGAUUCAAAUGGUGCUAAAUGUCAUGCACAAUGCGUAGCCGGAUGUACAGUACCGGAUGAUGACACUGCAUGUUACGGAUGCUUACAUUACAACCACAACGGCGCAUGUGUUGAGAAGUGCCCAAGGAAUCUGUUUGUAUACCUAAAUCGCCGAUGCAUCACGGAAGCGGAAUGCGAUUCGAUGCCAGCACUUCGAGGGGGUAAAGACGUCCACAAGCCUGCUAAUGGAGUUUGUGCAACCAUCUGUCCUGAGGGAAUGGAAGAAGAUCCGUCAAACAAGAAGCGCUGUCGAAAAUGCGCUGGAGAGUGUGUUCGCAAGUGUCCUGGAAACAUCACUGUCGACAGCAUGUCAAAGGCAAUGCAAUUGAAACACUGCAGCGUAAUCGAGGGAUAUCUUGAAGUGGAGAUGCGCGUUGGUAUGAGUGCGGUGGCCGCCUCUCAACUGACUGGUAUCUUUGGGAAGAUCACGACCAUAGAUGGAUAUUUUGUUGUCCGACUCUCGCCCUCAUUUGUAAAUCUGCAUAUGUUUCGCAGUUUGACCCGGAUAACAGGGCGUUCACUCUAUCGUGAUAAGUAUGCAAUGAGCAUUUUUGAGAACUCGAACUUGCAAAAGUUGUUCCCUCCUGAAAAUCGUUUGGUCAUUGAUACUGGUUCAGUACAGUUUCAAAACAAUCGUAUGCUGUGUUAUUUCCGUAUCAAGGAGUUAAUGGUGAAGUUAGGGCGAGAACAAGAGAUGUCUGAAGAGGAUCAGAGCCUCAGUUACUACAGCAACGGCGACAAAGCAAUCUGUGAGGAAUCUUCUUUCAAUUUGACCGUUGUGGAGAGUGCUGUAUCGCAAACGGCAUUUACGUUGCGAUGGCCUGCCCUCAAUACUUCUGAUAUCGAUCACAGGAAAUUCCUCGGAUAUGACAUCCUCUACAAAGAAGUCGCGUGGGCGGAUCCGAACUUAUCGAUUGAUGAUGACAGAUCUUCGUGUCAGGAUACGGAUUCGUGGUACUACCACUUUGAGGGGGUCAAUGACAACAUCGAACGUAUCAAUGGCACUGGUCCAGAAUAUGUCACAGCAAUGAUUGCGAAUAGUCACAUAAAGCCACAUACACUAUACGCUGCUUACGUCACGACAAAGAUGGUCCGUCACCAAGGGGCUCGUAACGCCGUGUCCAAUAUCGCGUUUGUUCGAACUCGUUUCGCUGUUCCUGAUCCACCACGGAUCACCAAAGCCGAGGCACUCGGGACCGAUGAAAUUCUAGUGGAAUGGGAUCCUCCGGCACAGCCGAAUGGCGAUAUUUCGCAUUAUGUGGUCAGCUGGCGUGCAAUGAACGAUGCGUAUAUGAAUCAACAUAUGGGGGCUGCAGUUUGUCAUGACGAUUUGACUCGAAGUCUGGAUCUAUCAUUGGGUCUACCUGAUGGUCUCCGCGAACCAACCACACCAGCGCCUCGAGCUGUGUCAGUGCUCCUUCCUGACAAGGGCGAACCUCAAAGUGAUACCUGUCCGCGGAAUGAAGGUUGCUGCAAGUGCGCUCCAAAGGCUGUUUCCACCGAGUUGGAUGAAGGCGUUGAAUCACAAACCGCGUUCGAGAAUGCUGUUCACAACGUCGUUUUCGUUCAGAACAAAGAAGUGGCUCGAAAACGUCGCGCUAUCACCACUCCUGCGGGAUCGAAAGAUGGAUACGGCGCCAAGUUGAGCACAAAAUCUGCAGCUGCUUCUAGGAAUAGCAUAAAUGUGAGUAGUUUUGUGUUAGUUUCUAGGUUUUCAGUCAAGAUAUCCUGUUUUUGA